GGCAGGAUCCGCUCACGUCCUAUGCAGGAACGGCUGGAUCUGCAGAUAACCCAGUAAGGGAUCAGCCCAGCCUGUCUUUCUCUCCCUCUGGCCCCUGUGUUGCCUUUCCUCCACCCACAUCCGCUGGUUGUUUACUUCUUGCUCCUCCUCGCCUGCCUCCUCUUCAAGCCAGAGGCUCCAGAUUCCUUGCCUCCCACCAUUGGGUUGAGAGAGAGUGACUCGUCCAGAUCGCCAAGUCAAAGCCACAGAAACAUUUUUAUUCUAAAUCUUGGAAAUGGAAUCAAUGGACUCUAAAUCUGUACCACCACCUCCAGCAUAUUCUGGACCAGGUUAUCCAGCUGCACAAGCCCAAUAUGGAUUUCCCCAGUACAUGCCUGGAUCUGCUAUUCCAGAAUAGUGAUUCCCCCCCCCCAAUUUUCCCAGGUCAGCAGAUGGCUGUCACAGUCCAAGAUCAGCUGAAUACACCUGGGCCUGUAAUUUGGAUGCCAAUACCACCUCCAAUUCCCAAAUGCCCACCAGGAUUGGAAUAUUUAAGUCAGAUUGAUCAGAUAUCAAUUCAGCAGCAGAUUGAGCUCAUGGAAAUGAUAAGUGGCUUUGAAACUUGCAACAGAUAUGAAGUCAAAAACUCUCUGGGGCAGAUGAUGUACUUUGCAGCUGAGGAAAAUGAUGACUUCACUUUGAAUAUGUAUGGACCAUUGCGGUCAUUCACCAUAAAACUCUUUGACAGUAGAAGCCAACCAGUCAUGCAAUUAUCAAGAGCUUUUCACUGUUCCAUUUGCUGCUGCCCUUGUGUUUGCUGCUUGCAAGAGCUGGAAGUUCAGGCCCCACCAGGCACAGUCAUUGGCUAUGUUAAACAGAAGUGGCACCCCUGUUUGCCUAAAUUUGUUAUCCAAAAUGAGGCCAGGGAAGAUGUACUUAAAAUGGCUGGUCCUUGUGUUCCAUGCCGCUGUUUUGAGAAUAUUCAUUUUGAGGUGAAGGCAUUGGAUGGGAAAUCUACUGUUGGAACAAUUUCUAGACAAUGGGGAGGAUUUGCAAGAGAGGCUGCUACAGAUGCUAGCAUCUUUGGAAUCAAUUUUCCAAUGGACCUUGAUAUUAAAACGAAAGCAAUUGUGAUUGGGGCUUGCUUCCUUCUGGAUUUCAUGUUUUUUGAAAGGAAAGGAAACAGGAACAGACGAGGCAGGACAACUGGACUCCACGGUGCUCAUAGACAUCGGGGUGCUCACAGGCGUCACAGGCAUUAACUCAGAAAUAGCCCUGUGUAUCACUGAGGUGAAGAGAGAGGAACUAGCCCAAGGCAGAACUUGGAUUUCUCACGUCCCAAACCAACAUUAUACCUGCUAUGCUAUGCUGGCUCUUCUAUGUAAUAUCUGUACAAGUCUUUACUGUAAUUCUUUUGAAGCUAAGGAGAGCAGACCCCAAAAGUAAAUCUGCUUUCCCUUGCUUUAAGUGCCAUAUUGCUUCAUUUUGGGGAAAAGAAAUGUUUAACCACACGAGGAGUAAAGCAGUGCCAAAAGCUCAAGAGAUUUUUCUUUUAUCUGCUUGCUACAAAAUAACCCCAUUUAUUUCUCUGUUCAUAAAUCUAGGCUUUGAAAGUAUUAUAAGAUUUUCAGCUUAGAAUGUGUUAUUUAAUUCCUUCUGGUUUGGAUAAAACUAUUACAUAAAACAUUUAUAACAUGA